AUGAAAGAAAAAAGUUGUAUUAUUCGUUCUAAUUAUCCAAAUGGUGAAAUCCAUUGUUUAAUUGGUUAUACGGAUAUCGGAGAUACUGAGGAUGACAAUGGCAAUAAUAAUAAAAGCAAUGAUAAUAAUAAUAACAAUCUUAUUACGAUUAGUAAACAGCUAACUGCCUAUUUAAAGGAUUAUUUUUUCCAUUCUGGUUUAAAUCAAAAUCCACCUUUUUGGUGUGGGAAACACUACAAUUGUACUAAAUUAGUUUAUGAGAUGAUUAAUCCUAUAUCACAUUCUACAUUAUAUCCUAUAAAUAAUUAUUAUCUAUUCAUUGUUCAACGUGUAUACAAUAACACCUAUGGAUAUAUGAGUUAUGCACCGCAUUUUGCAUUUAUCUCACCAGAUACUGCAGUUGACGUCUAUCUUUCAUUAAAACAAUUGGUCGAUGAAUUCUUCAUGGAGUUACACAACAAACAGUCUAACAGGCAGUCGAAUGUCAAUGUGAAACACCUGUUAAACAUGAGUGUUGUUGCACUGAAACGUUAUGACUAUUCUGAAAUGAUAUUGAAUCGUAAAUUGGAAAUAUUUGGAAAACGUUUUAUCAUUAUUCUGAUGUCAGUGCAUAAAUAUUUAGCUGUUGCAUGUAUGACAAUCUGUUAUUGUACUAUUAUGUGUUCCGAUAAAGAGACUGGUUUUCGUUCAUUAAUGGCAUUGAUGGGUUUACGUCGACUGUCGUUUAUCUUAUCACAUUUUAUAUUAUGUCAAGUAUCUGUAAUCAUCUUUUCUGGUAUGUCAACUUUAAUCGAUUAUUUGUUCAGCUCAAAUUUAACUGAUAAAGACAUUACAAAUAAAGAUCAUUGGCUAUUAUUUGCAGUCAAUAUUAUAGCUAGUUGGCAUCAAUUCGGUAUGGCUCUUAUUCUCUCAUCAAUAUCACGUUCAACAAAGUAUUUUUUAUUCCCCUUAUUAACUGUAUUCGCUAUAUUGGUCACUUUUCAAUUGAUUAUAAGUCAUAAAGCAUCAGAUGUUCAGCCUUCUGAAUUUUAUACAAAAUUGGAUGAUAUCGGUUAUUUACUGUUGAGUUAUGCGCAUGCAUCAAUGAAUGUUCAGAUUCUAACAGAUAAAACAACUGGUGGUCAAAGUGGAAAUUUUACACUAUACCUAGUUGUACAUGUUCUGUGUGCAAUUGGCACCUGGUUGUUAGGAGUUUAUCUAGACUGUGUACUUGAUACCGGUUCAGGACAUAAAUUCAAUUGGAAUUUCCCCAUAGAAUAUUGUAAAUUAUACUAUAAAUCAUUUCAUUCUUCUGGUGAUGAUGAUAUUAAACCUAUUAAAGGAUCACCGAGUGAACGACGAUCACCACCAGGACGGCGACAGCAUCAUCACCAUCAACAUCAGAAGCAGCAGCAGGAACAACAACAGAAAAGUCAUUCAGUAACACCGCUAACACCAACAUCACAACAACAACAAAAAACCCAAUCAUCAUCACGAGCUACUUCACUGUCAAUGCCAUCAACUUUUUCAUAUAUUCAUCAUCUUAGUGACAAACGACAUACGAAAUCGCGUAAUGAUAUGAUUGAGGAUAUUAGUCAUCGUUCUACACGUGUUCGAUUGAAACAUGUUAGAAAAGUUUAUACACAAUGGAAAUGUUUUAAAAGAAUUGAUUUUGAAGCUAUCACCAAUAUAAAUAUGUCAUUACAAAAAGGUGAGAUAACCGCGAUUCUAGGACAUAAUGGUGCUGGUAAAACAACAAUAUUCAAUAUACUCGCCGGUUUACAACCAGCUACUGAAGGUUAUAUUCGAAUAUUUGGACAAGCUUAUAGAUUAUUUAAACAACUGGAAUUAACAGCAUACUCGCAUACCUUCACUAAUUUACUACCUGGUGGAGAUAAACGUAAAUUGUCUGUUGCUAUUGCUUUGCUUGGCUCCCCGCGUUUAAUCAUGCUAGAUGAACCAACCUCUGGUGUAGAUCCAUUUUCACGUCGUUGUAUAUGGCGUGCAUUGAUUGAGAAUAGAUCGAAUCGUGUGAUUGUAUUCAUUACACAUCAUAUGGAUGAAGCAGAUGUACUAGCUGAUCGAAAAGCAAUUGUUAUUGGAGGCAAAUUGAUUUGUUUUGGUACUUCAAAGUUUCUGAAGACUCAAUACAGACCUGGUUAUGUGCUAAGCUUAACUGUUAUUACCAAUCAGGAUAAUCUACAUCAGUUGAAAUCAUUUAUCCUAAAUAUUUCACCAGAAAUCAGUCUACUACAUGAAUACCGAGAUCAGCUGCAAUUUUUUAUUCAACCAACAAUAAUUCAAGAUGUUAUGAAUGUAUUAUUCAAUAUAAAUACAGAAAAAGUAUUCAGAGAAUGUGAUGUCGUUGGUAUUGGUAUCUCUGUGACGUCAUUAGAAGAAAUAUUCUUGAAAAUUAGUGAAUGUCAUCCAGACACACGGUUCGACGAAGGUGAAUUUGAUGAUCCACUUUCAAGUAGGAUGGAUAAAAAAACCGAUCAUGAAGUGAAUAAGUCUUCAUUAUUAUCAACAUCAGUAUCUGUAUCAGCAAUAUCAUCAUCGUCGUCCUCCUCCUCCUCCUCAUCAUCAUCAUCGUCGUCAUCACCAUCUCCAUCAUCACCACUGCCUACCCCUUCAUCUCACUCCUCCAAAUCAUCCUCGUCAUCCUCGACAGCAUCUGUGGCUUUCAAUUCCCUGAAUACCUAUAUGUCGUUGAAAUUAAAACUUGCCAAUUUAUAUAAUCAAUUAGUGAUAGGCUUUAGACAAUUUCGUCUAUUGCUACGUGUUCUGUUAAGUUUAAUUAUUCUGCCCACACCAUUAUUAUUAAUUCUCAGGCUAUCCCUACCAGUGAUAAUAAUGGCUAUCUCAUUAUUGAUUUAUCAGAUAGAAACAUCAAAUAAUGAAAAGAGUAUUGAAUCAUCGCAUGGGUAUGUAACAAGAGAGAAUAUCACUCAGAGUAGAUUACACAUAUCGAUUGCCUAUCCAUUAGAAUCAGAUGGUCGUCCUUCAUCGAAAUGGGAUGAAUCACGCUUCUUGCAUGACUUAUUAUGCAUGAAACCACAAAUGGGUUAUCGUGAACCAUAUGUUAAAUUUCUACCAUUUAUUAAGUCUACAUCAUCUAGUGGAUUAAGUGUUGACUCAACUGACACUUCCCAGGAUUAUGAUCUACACGGUUCAGUUCGAAUGGAUAUCGAUGAAUGGAAUGCUGACAACUCGAAAGUCACUCUAAUUCUUGGUAAAAAAGAUUAUGACAAUGCAGCUCAAAUUAUUCUAUAUCAUUUCACUCUAUGGAAUUGUAUGCACUUACGUAAUCUCAAAGAACAAAUCAAAGAGAAUUCAUUGUUUCAUGAGAAUGGUGGAAAUGUUCCAUUAAUUGGUGAAUUUAUAUCAUGGCCAGAACAAUGGCCAGAAAUACAUCCACAAUUAUCAAUGGCUAGUGCAUGUAUUUAUCUGGUUUCAUGCAGUGUAGCUACAUGUGCUUUAAGUCCAUUAAUAGCUAGUGAUAUUGUACGUGAUAAAGAGCUUCAUAUACUAUCCCAACUUCAUCUAUAUGGAAUGAAACACUGGUCAUAUUGGGGCGCACAUUUCCUCACGCAUAUAUUACAAUAUCUACUAUUGGCUUGUUUUACUACAGUAUUCAUGUUCCCUUGCAAGAAUCAUAUAUUAUCAUAUUGGCAAAGCGGCCUGUUGCAUAAUUGGUUAAAUUUUUUAACUGCAAUCGAUAGUAUCAUUACAAUUUAUGUCGGAUGUUUAUUUAUAAAUCGACCAAGUGCUGCCACGGUAUUAUUUGGAUCAACAAUAUUAAUUGUUAUCUUCGUGAUGAUUAUCAUCUUUUUCACACCACUGGAAUAUUUAGGGACCGUUUACUGUUUGAUUAUAUUGGUAUUUCCUUUCGCCGAUCCAUUUUUGGCUUUACUACUAACAGAAUUUAGAUUGAGAUGUGAGAAGGUAUUUUUAUUUGGAAAAUCUGAUGUCGAUUAUAUCACAUCAUUAUCUCGUCUAUUACAGUAUGAGCAUAAUAAAGCUAGUCAAACUAUACAUUUAGUGCGAAUAUUCAUUUUCAGUGGUCUAUUUAUCGGAACAAAUGUUUACAUUCAUCAUAUUCGGCCGCAUCAAAGAAAAAUAAGUUAUUAUAAAGUGCUUAAACAAUUGAGACCAUUAAGUGAAAUGAAGACAAAACAUUUACCACCACUGGUACGAAAAGAAACUGAGAAAGUUCAUGAAUUUACAAGACAUCCGAAAUCUAGUAAUACUGUAGCAUUUGUAUACAAUUUAACAAAAAUUUAUUUAACCGGUGCAUUGUCAUACGUUCGUCGACUACUUCUCCUGUUUAAUUCAAAAAAUAGACCUAUCCAACAUGCUAAAGUAGCUAUUGAAGGCGUUUCAUUUAUGGUUGGACAUGGUGAAAUGUUUGGUAUACUUGGUCCAAGUGGUGCUGGAAAAUCAACCUUACUCGAAUGUCUAUCAAGUAUAAUAAAUCAAACAUUCGGUGAAGUUGGUGUAAUUAAUCCAAAGAUAGGUAAACUUGUCCCGAAUUCAGUUGCUGUUAAAAAUGGUCUAAUCGGUUUCUGUCCACAGUAUAAUCCAAUAUGGCCACAAUUAACAGUUAGAGAACAUUUUGUCAUUUAUUCUGUAAUGCGUAAUGUUAAUAGACGUAUAUUAAAACAACAUGUGAACUCCAUCUUGAUGUUAGUUGGCCUAGUUAAAUACAGUAAUACUAUAUCAGGUUCACUAUCUGGAGGAUGCAAACGUCGGUUGUCAAUGGGUAUCAGUUUAGUCGGUGAUCCAAGUUUAGUGAUAAUGGAUGAACCAUCGUGUGGUGUUGAUCCAAGAUCUAGACGAAGUUUAUGGAACACUUUGUUAAAGUGUAUCAAGGGAACAAACAGAGGUUGUAUUGUAUCAACACAUGCUACUGAUGAAGCUGAAGCUGUCUGUGAUACUUUAGCCAUACUUGUCAAUGGAUGUACACU